GAUUUAUGUUAGAUCGCCAAAAAAAAGUGUCAUACGGGACCGCUCUUAAGGCAUGUGUGAGACAGCGCGCUCUUUACGCCCAUCUCCUCAUCCUCUGGCUGCAACUCGAAGGUAACGUUUGGAGAACGCUGCAAAAUAAAAGGUGAAAAUCCACUACUUGGUCUCACCUCCGCCCAGUCGCUGAGUAGCCGCGGCGAUGUUCCAGCGCAAGAAGAAAAAGAAGAAGCAGUGUGUGCUGGAGAUCUGCGCGCCGCAGGACUUCCAGCACCAUGUCCACACGUCUUUCGACGCAGCCACUGGACGCUACGUGGGCCUGCCACCGGAGUGGCAGAGCAUCGACACACUGCGGAGACCACGCCCCCUGGUGGAUGCCUCCAGGAUCACACAGCUCCAGCUCUCCAAAGGACAAAAGAUGGAGACACCUAAAGAAGUCGUCUUGGGAAUUUUAGAAGACUUGGGAGCAGAUGACUUUGGGAAAUUUAAGUGGCACCUGCAGGGAGCACUUCAAGACUUCCCAGCAAUCCCAAAGAGUAAACUGGAGAAUGUAAACAGGGUGAACACAGUGGAUACGAUGUUCAAGACCUACAGCACAAACACUAUAAAUGUGACCAGAAUAGUUUUAGUGAAAAUGAAUCAGAAUGAUCUAGUGGAGAAGUUAUCAUGUCAUGGAGAAGUCAACAUCUCAGUACCUGCAGAGAUUCUUGCUGCGUGCCAGCGAAAAGUCAAAUCCAACUUACAUAAGAUGUUCCAGCGUGUGUUUGAGGGAAUUGCUAAAGCAGGAAACAAAACCGCUCUGAAUCAGAUGUUCACAGAGAUCUACAUCACAGAGGGAGGGACUACAGGGGUCAAUGAUGAACAUGAGGUCAGACAGAUUGAAACAGCAUCCAGGAAACCAGACAGACCAGAAACAACAAUCACAUGUGAAGACAUCUUUAAAACUCCAUCUGGAAGAGAUGAACCAAUCAGAACAGUGAUGACAAAGGGAGUGGCUGGCAUCGGGAAAACAGUCUUAACACAGAAGUUCACUCUGGACUGGGCUGAAGACAAAGCCAACCAGGACAUCCAGUUCAUAUUUCCAUUCACCUUCAGAGAGCUGAAUGUGCUGAAAGAGAAAAAGUACAGCUUGGUGGAACUUGUUCAUUACUUCUUUAGUGAAAUCAAAGAAGCAGGAAUCUGCAGUUUUGAAGAGUUCCCGGUUGUGUUCAUCUUUGAUGGUCUGGAUGAGUGUCGACUUCCUCUGGACUUCCUCAAAACUAAAAUCCUGACUGAUGUUACAGAGUCCACCUCAGUGGGUGUGCUGCUGACAAACCUCAUCAGGGGGAAACUGCUUCCUUCUGCUCGCCUCUGGAUAACCACACGACCUGCAGCAGCCAAUCAGAUCCCUCCUGAGUGUGUUGACGUGGUGACAGAAGUCAGAGGGUUCACUGACCCACAGAAGGAGGAGUACUUCAGGAAGAGAUUCAGAGAUGAGGAGCAGGCCAGCAAAAUCAUCUCCCACAUCAAGACAUCACGAAGCCUCCACAUCAUGUGCCACAUCCCAAUCUUCUGCUGGAUCACUGCUGCAGUUCUAAAGAAGGUGUUGAAGACCAGAGAAGGAAGAGAGCUGCCCAAGACCCUGACUGAGAUGUAUAUCCACUUCCUGGUGGUUCAAUCCAAACGGAAGAACAUCAAGUAUGAUGGAGGAGCUGAGACAGAUCCACACUGGAGUCCAGAGAGCAGGAAGAUGAUCGAGUCUCUGGGAAAACUGGCUUUUGAGCAGCUGCAGAAAGGCAACCUGAUCUUCUAUGAAUCAGACCUGACAGAGUGUGGCAUCAGUAUCAGAGCAGCCUCAGUGUACUCAGGAGUGUUCACACAGAUCUUUAAAGAGGAGAGUGGACUGUACCAGGACAAGGUGUUCUGCUUCAUCCAUCUGAGUGUUCAGGAGUUUCUGGCUGCUCUUCAUGUCCAUCUGACAUUCACCAACUCUGGAGUCAACCUGCUGUCAGAAGAACAAACAACAUCAACACAGUUCUACCAGAGUGCUGUGGACAAGGCCUUACAGAGUCCAAAUGGACACCUGGACUUGUUCCUCCGCUUCCUCCUUGGUCUUUCUCUUCAGUCCAAUCAGACUCUCCUACGAGGUAUGCUGACAAAGACAGGAAGUACUUCACAGACCAAUCAGGAAACAGUCCAGUACAUCAAGAAGAAGAUCAGUGAGAAUCUGUCUGCAGAGAGAAGCAUCAAUCUGUUCCACUGUCUGAAUGAACUGAAUGAUCGUUCUCUAGUGGAGGAGAUCCAACAGUCCCUGAGAUCAGGAAGUCUCUCCACAGAUUAUUUGUCUCCUGCUCAGUGGUCAGCUCUGGUCUUCAUCUUACUGUCAUCAGAAGAAGAUCUGGACCUGUUUGACCUGAAGAAAUACUCUGCUUCAGAGGAGGCUCUUCUGAGGCUGCUGCCAGUGGUCAAAGCCUCCAAAAAAGCUCUGUAA